GGACGCGCGGUGUGGUCGCCCAGGAGAAGCGCAGGCGCUCCAGUUCCGGGUUAAUCCCUUCUCCCGCCUCGGCCGGCCUACGCCAUGGCGAGUGGGAGCGGCGCCGGGGCCACGGCGGCGGCGAAUCUGAAUGCGGUGAGGGAGACCAUGGACGUCCUGCUUGAGAUUUCAAGAAUUUUGAAUACUGGCUUAGAUAUGGAAACUCUGUCCAUUUGUGUACGGCUUUGUGAACAAGGAAUUAAUCCAGAAGCUUUGUCAUCAGUUAUCAAGGAACUUCGCAAGGCCACUGAAGCACUAAAGGCUGCUGAAAAUAUGACAAGCUGACUUUCUGGAGAAAUCCUGAUGAGAUAUGUGAAGUUCUGCAAGAGGAUUUGAAGAUUGCAUUGUAGUCAAGGAUGUACAAUGAAUUACUGCAUGCAGCAGUGCAGAAACAUUUUCUUUUUGAAAAGAAUUAUAAAACCAUAGCUUUAUAAAUCAGUGGAAAGUGGCUUACAGAGAAAACUAUCAAAUGUGUUUACAUCACAUUUUACCUUUUUUAACAGCUCUAAUGCUUUGACAUUGCUAUGUUCAUAUUUAUGUAUUCCUUAUUUAUAGCUCUGAUAGCUUUAAUUUUCUAAGCAGUGUGUCUAUCAGAUGUGUACAUCAGCUCUGCUGGUUGAAGUAUAGUGGAAACCAUCAGAAGUAAUGUGGUAGUUAACGACUUGCUGACAUUUCCAUUAUAAACUUUAAUUUUGAAUUGUUUAUGCAGAAUACCUGUGGAUUUAUGUUGUAUUGGGCUAAAAGUUGACAAUUUCAGUUACCAUUUGUGAGUAUUGAUUUAGGUUUAUCAUGUAUAUGAGAGUCUCAUUUUUUUAAUAGCUUGGAAAACAUUUGUUUUAAUUUGCUCUUUAACAAAGAAUAUUUAGUUUUUUAAACAUACAGUUUGUCGGAUAAUAGUGUGAAUCAGAUUUUUGUUUUGAUUGAAAAAUAAAACUUUUAGGAACUUAGAUUUUAAAAGUAAUGGCAGUGCUUAGGUUAGUAUUGUCAUUUGAAUCAUUUAAGUUUAAUGAGAAUAUUAAUUGAUGUUUUUCUAAGUUUUAUACCUCUGCAAAUGAUGGCCUAAGAAAGUGCAUAAUGAAGUAUUUUCCAACAUUUCCAAAAAGCAAAAUUCUUCUACUUUUAUUACAUAAAAAUAAUUUGAGUACUCUCCUAAUACAUCUUGAGUAAAUCACUAAAUAGGAGGUGUCUUUCAACAAAUAUUAUUUUCUGAAGGAAUAAAAAUUGCCAGUCAUUAAACACAAGCUAAAUAAUCAAAUGUUCUGUAUCAAGAAUUACAAAUAUCCCUUUCUAAUGUCAUUUUUGUGUGUCAUUUUUACUCUGAAAGUUUUAACUAAUCAAAGUGAUUGUUCAAAAUAAAUUUUAGAAAACUUAGGAUGGUGUUAAUUCUGUUGUAGGAGAAACUCAAUGGAAUAUUUUUCCCAAGGUUAUUACGCAUUUUGUCUGAUUUUAUUUUAGACUUUGUUGGCUUCCAUUUAAAUGACAGUACUCACAUUUACUCUUUAGUAGCAUUUUUUGUUCUUUAGACAUAUUGAAGUGCUUUUAAUAAGAUUUAGUAAUAUUUAAAUGACAACCUUCUGUACUGUUUUAAAAAUCUAGCUUUUUGACCACCACUUUGACUUUGUAAACAAAUGCAUGGCAUCUUUACCCAUGUAUACAAAAAGGUCUAUUGGCAGAACUGGUUGGGAGACAAUAAUGACUUGUUGAUAAGUAAUAUUAAGCAAUGCAAAUACUGCAUGUUUUUUUUUAUUAAAUAAAAAAGAGAACACUUUUGUCAAGUUGCAAAAUUUGUAUGUACUUUUAGGCCAUAAGAGUUUUAUUUAUGACUUUGUAGAUUAAGUUAUUUAUGUGUGAAACAAAGCAGGAAAAUACACUGAGAAGGAGUUAUAUUUACAGAGGGUUUCUUUAAUAAAGUUACAUUUUUUAAAUGUAAAUGUAUAUAUUUUUAAUGCAAACUUAAGUAAUAUUUCAGAAAAUGAAACCAAGUAAUGAUACAUUUACAGUGUUGUGUGUUUGUCAAUGACAAAAUAAAACCAUAUGGGUGGUA